CAAAUAUGUAGUAGCGGGGUCAGGUAUUGUUUAUAUGACAUGGAUUGUAAUUCAUGGAAAGAGUAGAAGAUAUAUCUGUUGUGAUCGAAGAAAGACUUCAGUACGCUUUUGUAAUAGUGCUCUGGUAGUGUGUAGAAUUCCUGUUGCUGAUGGUGUUUAGGUUUGAAUUGUGAUUGUGUUACGCAAAUGAGAUGAAUGUGACAGGAUACAAACGUUAUUGUCUAACUUUACGCUGACGUGAGAAUGGGGAAGAAGAAGAAAAGGGCGAGAUGGGUUCAGCAAACAGUCCGUCCAUUGUUGCUACCUUUGGUGCCGUGUCAAGGUACGUCAGCUGCUGUGACUAGCACAUCUGGAGGAGCAGAAAGUGCAGCACCUCCAGAAAAAGUAAUACAGGAGGACCUUACUGAUGAAGUGAGUGAAGUGGACUUUACGAACGAAGUGACAGAGGUGGAAGAUACGAAUGACGAGAUAGACGUUCUCGGUAAAUAUGCUGUCCGCUUACUAGCUGCACAUCCUAAUAUUCUGUCAAAUGCAACACCUGACAUCUGGCAUAAAAUUACAGUGAAACCAGCUGGAGGUGACAAAGUAGCUAUUCUCGAUGCCAUCAACAAGCAGAUUUCUCCACUGGAGCUCAUUCCGUAUUUUUUUUGCAUGGAGGGUGGACAUAUAACAUUCCUAGUGAAUAACUGCAGUGCUGCACUGGCAGCAUUGUUCAAACAGAACCUCAGAGUGCCAUUUUAUCCUUUUAAGCAACGUGAAUUGGUACUCCAGCUUCAUUCCAAGAAAGUGAACCUCUCUGCAGUUCUGCAGAAAAUUAUCAGUAAAAGGCUAAAUUCUGAGAAAACAGUCUUAGACCUGUCAAACAUGAAUAGCAUUCCUGAGUAUCAGCAAGUGAUGUACGACCCAUCAAAAAGCUCUCAUUUACAGCAGCAGUUGCUGAAAAAUGCACAGGUCAUGGCUCCAAACCUCAUCAGCCUCUGUCUAGCAGGAAAUGAGCUGUCGACACUGAGCCACCUCACCCCAGUCUUUGCAGAUAAAACCAAAUGGAGGUCACUAAAAGUAUUAGAUCUGAUGGACAACGAGAUCCAGACAGCUGGUGUGCUGCCAACCCUCAAUUCUCUGCCUAUCACAGAAUUGUACUUGCACAAAAAUCCUGUGUGUGGGAAAUAUAAAACACGUGAGGCCUACACGAGCAUCGUCACAGUGAACUUCCCCCGUCUCAUUAAGUUGGUGAGUUAUAAAGACGGGACUUACGUGCCGCACAUGCCAGGCUUACCACAGUGGCGUCCAAAUUACAUUUUCUGUGGCAGCCACGGCGACUCGAGUGAGCUCGCCGACCAGUUCAUCGAGCACUUUUUCACCCUGUACGAUGGUGAGGUUCGGACGGGGCUUCGAGGCUUGUACCAUGAGGACGCCUACUUCUCUCUCUCUAGCACAUACUAUGCUGGACAGAGCACAGCAACCAGUAAGGGGUUGAGCCCCUACAUAGCACACAGUGGCAACAUCUUACACACGUCCAACAAACAGAAUACAAAAAUUGCACUAUGCCAUGGGGCGAAGAAUAUCCUCUCAAUACUUCAGGCGCUGCCACAGACCCAGCAUGACCCAUACUCCUUCACUGUGGAUGUCCUGCAUCAUUCCGAGAUAAAGACUAUAUUGACAGUUACAGGAGUGUUCAAAGAGCUAACACCAGAACAAGACGAAUCGCCUCGACAUUUUAUGCGUACCUUUGUCCUUGUCAGACUAGCGAAAGAGGAAUACCAGAUAGUUAAUGAUAUUGCGCACGUUACAAAUGCGGCAACGGGAGAAGCAGAGAAUGCAUUUAAAUACCCAAAGCCAGAUACAGUCCUAAAGAAAAUCAGGCCACCGAGGGAGGUGACAGAGAGUGAUAAAAAUUCUAUGAUUGAAAAGUUAUCACAGCUUACCGACAUGACAGCUGAGUGGUCACGCAGCUGCCUGGAUACUGCGGACUGGGACUUAAGAAGAGCUCUCCUAUUAUUCAUUGAAAUGUACAAAGCAGAUACAAUUCCAGCAAGUGGAUUCAGAAAACCAAAAGAAGCAGCGAAAUCUUGAAAGCGAGAAAGCUUCUUGUUAUUACAGAAAAAGAUGAUGAAAGUUAGUUUUGAGACCGAUUAACUGAGGUACAUCUGAUGAAAGUUAGUUUUGUGACUGACUAACUGAGGUACAUCAGCAGGGAACAGAGUGCAGAGAGCAAUUAAUGUGAUGUUCGUUGUAUCCAAAGGAAAAUUUAACCGAAAGAACUCGUAAACUAUGGGCAAAAUAACUGUCCAAUAUGUGCCUCAAAGAAGUGAUACACACACAAAAGUAAAAGUACACAACACUAUCCUAGCUUUUGGGAUGUGUGCGUAUGUGGGCACGAGCACAUAUGUGGACACACGCAGGCACGUUGCACAAUUUGUCUGAAGGUUAGCAAACUUUCAGUCUUUUUUGUGUGGCUGUCAAUGAAUCACCGCUUCUACUGUGCAGUGAGUGGUGUCCUUUACUCCUAAAUUAUGUACAUUCUCUCUUCAACUAUAUUUGACCUGUGGCCACUGGACAUUUAACUGUCAAUAAUUCGAUGUCAGAUACAGCACUCGUAGCAGAUCUCGCUUCACAGCAGAUAAAACAGUAGAGCCCUUAAGCUCACAGUUUACACCAAACUGCAGUAAGACGGCCAAGUCUUCAGACAACUCAAGUUUAUCAAGCAUAACCUGGUACCAGGCAAUUUUGCUUGAGCUCGGAACCCUACAUAACUUAAAGUAUCAUUGAUUGUUCGUCAGUAUUAAUUUGUUACGUGUUGUACUCAUAUUAUCUACAGUCGGAAGCCAACAGGUCUGAAAUGGGGAGCUGUGAGAUGUGUAUGCUUGCCCGUCACUGCUGCCUUGGCCGUGCACUGGCACUGCUCUGAAACAUCGUCCAAACAAAUUACCAGCAGUAGCUGUCGUAACAUCAAAACAUCCGACAGUUAAUUACUCAAAAUAGAUCUGAGCAUAAUUGUUUUGAGACACACUCUGUUACAUAUUACUUUGACAUCACCUGCAGACACACUUACAUGGGCAACUUUGGAUCCUCACACUAGAUCUUGCCCCCCUCUCAUCCUGCAGUCUUGAAUGAACCGCAUUCCCUUGUAACUUUCCACAACCUAUUUCUCUCUCCUACCCCAAGGGAAGGAACUAAUUGUUCUGAAAGCUAGUAUAGUGUUAUGUACAUUUCUUUAUAUACAUGUGUAUUGGCACUACUAAAUAUAUCGCCUUCUGAAAGUUGUUACUGGCUAGUAAUUCUGUCAGGUAAUUUAAUGUAAUAUCCAUUACAUUGCAUGUAAAUAAACUGUUUCUUAUGUGAACUCAGUCUAAAAAUAUAACCUACAAUCAAAUUAAAAUGUAUGUCCUGUUCAUAUGUUACAUACAGAUACUUUUUCUGCAUGUACAUACAUUAUAUGAAUUACACACAGUGUACCCCAGGAGUCUCUGGGAUGUGCAACAUGAAAAUUUCAUUGUAAUUCAGUAUAAUAAAAUUUUGGAAAUUUGUAA